UCUUUGGGAAAACUCAUGGGAUGUUUCUCCCCCAGCAGCCUAUCCCCAACGACAGGGCUUUCUGACCAGGCCUCUAUAGCUGUUCCCAGGAGCCAGCCUGGGGGCCUUGAGGCAGUGGAAAGGCUAGCUUCCUCUCCAUGUGACAAGAGCCCCGAUUCUGACACCAGCUCCGGUCCUGACAGUGACACCCCUGAUGAUACCAGCAACUCCUCUUCUGUGGACAAGGUCCCCAGCCCCGACGAGCUCACCGUGAUGAUCCCUCGGAAGGCCCAGGAGGGGCCAAGAGCUGACAGUGCCCAAAGAGUCACCAGGUCCCCUGUGAGAGGAGACAGCGCAGGCCAGAGAAAAGAGGACGCGGGCGGUGGGAGUCGGAGCCCAGGACAGCACUGGGCGAAGCUCCGGGGAGAAAGUGGCUACUUCUCCUUGGAGCGACAUCGCUCCUCCACAGCCCAGGCUUCCUGCGAGACACCGCAGCAUGGGCCUCGAAGCAGCCACCAGGCCUCCUCGGCCCAAAGGGACAUUGUCCAGGCUCCUUCUGCACAGCGAGAAUCCCCACGAGCCUCCUCUCCUCACCAAAUCACCCAGAGGGACAACCCCAGGACCUCGUCCACCCCACAGGACACCCCCAGGGCCUCGUCCACACAGCGGAACACCCUGAGCACGUCCUCUCCCUCAAGAGUCUCCCAGAGGGACAACCCCAGGACCUCGUCCCCUCAAAGGAACAAUCCUCAGCUCUCUUCCCCCCUCAGGGCCACCCCAAAAGAUAGCCCAAGAACCCCCUCUACCCAACAGGACAACCCCCAGAACUCCUUUCCUACAUCUUCUCCACAGUGGGAAAACCCCAGGACAUCAUGUGCCCAAAAGGACAAUGCCAGAGUCACUUCUCCCAACCGAACCACCCAACGGGAAACCCCCAAGUCAUCUUGUGCCCAACGGGACAAUCCCAGAACUUCCUCUCCUGGCCGAAAUUCCCAAAGAGAAAACUCUAGAACAUCAUGUGCCCAACAGGACAGUCCCAGGGCCUCUUCUCCAAAUCGAACCUCUCAGAGGGAAAACUCUAGAACAUCCUGUGCCCAGCGAGACAAUCCCAGAGCAUCCUCUCCUGGCCGAACUUCCCAAAGAGAAAAUUCUAGAACUUCCUCUGCCCAACGGGACACUUCCAGGUCUUCAUCUCCUAAUCGAACUUCCCAAAGAGAGAAUUCUAGAACAUCCCGCCCCCAACGGGAUAAUCCCAGAGUCUCUUCUCCAAAUCGAACCUCUCAGAGGGAAAACUCUAGAACAUCCUGUGCUCAACGAGACAAUCCCAGAGCCUCCUCUCCUAGCCAAACUUCCCAAAGAGAAUGUUCUAGAACAUCCUGUCCCCAACGGGACAAUCCCAGAGCUUCUUCUCCAAAUCGAACCCCUCAGAAGGAAAACUCUAGAACAUCCUGUGCCCAACGAGAGAAUCCCAGAGUCUCCUCUCCUAGCCGAACUGCCCAAAGAGAAAGUUCUAGAACAUCCUGUCCCCAACGGGACAAUCCCAGAGCCUCCUCUCCAAAUCGAACCCCUCAGAAGGAAAACUCUAGAACAUCCUGUGCCCAACGAGAGAAUCCCAGAGCCUCCUCUCCUAGCCGAACUUCCCACAGAGAAUGUUCUAGAACAUCCUGUCCCCAACAGGACAAUCUCAGAGCCUCCUCUCCAAAUCGAACCCCUCAGAGGCAAAACUCUAGAACAUCUUGCACCCAGCGGGACAAUCCCAGGUCUUCAUCUCCCAACCGAACCCCCCAGAACGAAAACCCCAGAACUUCCUGUAUCCAACAAAACACCCCCAAAACGUCUUCCACCCACCGAGACAACCCAAAAGUCUCUUGCAGCAGGUGGGAGCACCUCAGAAGCGCCUGCACCCAGCGGGAUCCCGCGAACUGCUCUUCCCGUCAACGAGACAGUCCUGGGACCUCUCCUCAGAGCUGCACCAAAAGGGACAAUCCUGGACCACCAUCUCCCCGACGGGACACUCAAAGGAGCAACCCCAGGAAUUCGUCUCCUCAUCGAACCAACAAGGACAUCCCCUGGGCGUCCUUUCCCCUCCGGCCCACACCCAGCGGUGGCGCCCGCACCUCUUCCCCAUCUCGCUCCAAGCAAAGCGAGGUGCCCUGGGCAUCCAUUGCCCUCCGGCCAACCCAAGGCGACAGGCCUCAGACCUCCUCUCCCCCCAGGCCGGCCCAGCGGGAGGCACCCCACUCCUGUGCAGCGAUGCAGCCCGGUGCACCAUCCCGAGCAGCCUCCUCUUCCUCCCAUAACCCCGGGCACCUCGGUGCCUCCUCCCCUCUGCACCCUGCGACACGUGGGGCACCCCAGACCUCUUCUGAGCCCUCUCAGCCUCCAUACACUGUGUGCAUCGGCCACCGCGAUGCCCCUCGAGCCUCUUCGCCUCCUCGCUAUCUGCAGCACGACCCGUUCCCCUUCUUUCCAGAACCCCGAGCGGCUGAAAGCGAGCCACCUCACCAUGAGCCUCCCUAUAUGCCACCUGCUGUGUGCAUCGGGCACCGUGAUGCCCCCCGGGCAUCUUCACCCCCUCGCUACACUCAGUUCGACCCCUUCCCCUUCCUGCCAGACACAUCAGACGUCUCAGAGGCUGAGAAGGAGUCACCCCAGCACGACCCUCCACACUUCCCCCCGCCUGUGUGUAUUGGGUACCGGGAUGCACCCCGGGCCUCCUCCCCACCCCGCCAGUUCCCAGAGCCCACCUUCCUGUUCCAGGACCUCCCCAGGGCCAGCACCGAGAGCCUUGUGCCCUCCACGGACUCCCUGCAGGAGCCCCCCCACACCCCCAGCCCUGUGUGCAUCGGCCACCGGGACGCCCCCGCCUUCUCGUCGCCCCCACGCCAAGCCCCUGAGCCCUCACUUUUCUUCCAGGACCCCCCCAGAGCCAGUAUGGAGAGUCUGGCGCCCUCCACCGACUCUGGGCACGGCUGCCCCCUGCCGCUCCCCCAGGUGUGCAUUGGGCACCGCGAUGCACCGCGAGCCUCCUCCCCGCCCCGCCACCCACCCAGUGACCUAGCGCUCCUGGCGCCCUCGCCCCCACCAGGCAGCUCCAGGGGCUCCCGGGGGUCAGCGCCUCCUGGGGAGACCAGGCACAACUUGGAGAGGGAGGAGUACACCGUGCUGGCCGACCUGCCCUCGCCCAGGAGGCUGGCCCAGAGGGAGCCGGGGCCCCAGGCGCAGGGCAGCAACAGGGGCCGCACGCGCAGCCCCGGCCGCACAGAGGUGGAGCGCCUCUUCGGGCAGGAGCGCAGGGUCAUGGCCCCUGCCAAGCAGGCAGAACCAGCCAGGAGGAGCCCAGCAGAGCCUCCUCAACCCAGGAGUCCUGAGAGGCGGCCUGAGGGGGACCGGCGGCUCCAGCAAUCCUCCGGGACAUCAGCCAAGCCCCUGGAGAGGGAGUCGAGGACCAGGACGGAGAGAGCUCUGGAGAGGGGCCAGGGAGGCCCCAGGCAGCGGCUGGGGAGGUGGCAGAGUCAGGAGGAGCUGCCCCAGUCCCAGGGCCCUCACAGACACCUGGAAAGGAGCUGGAGCAGCCGAGAGGAGGGCCCGGGCCCCGGGGGCUGGCCAGGACUUGGGGAGUCCAGCCUAGGGGCUGCCAGAGCCCUGGAGGGAGCAUGGCAGGGCCCUCCCAGGGAGUACAAGGAGAUCUGGGGGCAGCCCGAAUCCUGGGAGGAGCCCCCUAUUAAUGGGCUGCAGGAGCUCCCCCAGAAGCCGGCCCCAAGGGGCUGGGGCAGCCUGCAGGAGCUGUCUGGUCCCUCCCAGCCUGGGAGUCCCCCAGAGAGCUCCUGGGUAGGCCCAACAGAAUCCUCUUAUCCUCAGAGGCCUGAGACGCCCACCACCAUGGGCUGGGGCCCUGAAAGGCCACCCGAGCUGGACUGGAGAGAUCUGCUGGGCCUCUUCCGUGCCCCUGGGGAGGGGGCCUGGGCCCGACUCCCAAGACUGGACUGGGAAGGCCUCUUAGAGCUCCUGCAGGCCAGGCUGCCCCGAAAAGACUCAACUGGACACUGGGGUGAUCCGGCCAAGGCUUCAGGGCCACAGCUGGGUUCCCCAGGCACCAACGAUGACACCCUGGAGCAGGAACCAGGCGGCCAGCCUAAAAGCUGGGCUGAGGCCACUGUCACCAAAGGACACAGCCCUGAGCAGCAGCCCCCGAGCCCAGCCCAGCCGCCCAGCCCAGCCUGCACCUCCACCCAGUGGCCAAAGACACAAGUGACAAGUGGGCCAGUGACCUCACCUCAGCCUGGUCUGCAGCAGGCAGCCCGGCCAGAGCACAGCAGGCCAGCAGAGGGCCCUAGCCCCCCAGGUCCAGAGUUCCAACCAGAGGAGCCCGAGGCAUCAGAACCAAGCAGAGGCCAAGACUCACUGACUGAGCAGGAGCAGGCAGACUCGCCUGAUCUGCUCAACUUCAAGAAGGGAUGGAUGUCAAUCUUGGACAAGCCAGGAGAGUGGAAGAAGCACUGGUUCGUGCUGACGGAUUCCAGCCUCAAGUAUUACAGAGACUCCACGGCUGAGGAGGCAGAUGAACUGGACGGUGAGAUUGACCUGCGGUCUUGCACAGACGUCACGGAGUUCGCAGUGCAGCGAAACUAUGGCUUCCAGAUCCACACCAAGGACGCUGUCUAUACCCUGUCGGCCAUGACCUCGGGCAUCCGGCGGAACUGGAUCGAGGCCCUGAGGAAGACCGUGCGUCCAGCUUUAGCCCCUGAUGUCACUAAGCUCUCGGACUGCAACAAGGAGAACACGCUGCAUGGCUACGGCCCCCAGAAGGGAUCCCUGAAGGCGGGGGAGCAGCGGGCCAGCUCUGAGGUCAGCGGGCGCAGUGGACCCCGCAAGGCGGAUGGGUCCCGGCAGUUGCUGGACUAUGUGGAGCUCUCGCCCUUGACCCAGGGCAGCCCGCAGCGGGCCCGAACCCCGGCCAAGCAGGAGGAGCUGGAGCGGGACCUGGCCCAGCGCUCCGAGGAACGCCGCAGGUGGUUCGAGGCCACAGAUAGCCGAGCCCCCGAGACACCCCCUGGCGAGGCACCACGCCGGGGCCUCGGUGCCCCACUGACCGAGGACCAGCAGAGCCGGCUCAGCGAGGAGAUUGAAAAGAAGUGGCAGGAGCUGGAGAAGCUGCCCCUCAGGGACAACAAGCGGGUGCCACUCACUGCCCUACUCAACCAAAGCCGCAGUGAGCGCCGGGCACCCCCGAGUGACAACCACGAGGCCCUGGAGAAGGAGGUACAGUCUCUUCGUGCCCAGCUGGAGGCAUGGCGAGCCCGAGGGGAGGCUCCUCAGAACGUGGCCAGGCCUCAGGAGGACAGCCAUAUCCCUCCAGGCUAUAUUUCACAGGAGACCUGUGAGCGCAGCCUGGCCGAGAUGGAAUCCUCACACCAGCAGGCAAUGGAGCAGCUGCGGCGCCACCAUGAGCGUGAGCUGCAGCGGCUGCAACAGGAGAAGGAGCGGCUGCUGGACGAGGAGAGGGCGGCCACGGUCUCGGCCAUCAAGGCCAUGGAGAAGGCCCACCAGGAGGAACUGAACCGGGAGCUGAGCAAAACCCGGAGUCUCCAGCAGGGCCCCGAUGGCCUCCGGAAGCAGCACCAGUCCGACGAGGAGGCGCUGAAGCGGGAGCUGCAGGUGCUGUCGGAGCAGUACUCGCAGAAGUGCCUGGAGAUCGAGGCGCUGACGCAGCAGGCCGAGGAGCGGGAGGACACGCUGCAGCGCUGCCAGCAGGAGGGCCAGGAGCUGCUGCGCCACAACCAGGAGCUGCACGCGCGCCUCUCCGAGGAGAUAGACCGACUGCGCAGCUUCGUGGCCUCGCAGGGCACCAGCAACAGCUGUGGGCGCAGCAGUAAGCGGAGUUCCUGCGAGCUGGAGGUGCUGCUGCGGGUGAAAGAGAGCCAACUCCAGUACCUGAAGAAGGAGGUGCAGUGCCUCCGGGACGAGCUGCAGACCAUGCAGAAGGACAAGCGCGUCACCUCGGGAAAAUACCAGGAUGUGUAUGUGGAGCUGAACCACAUCAAGACAAGGUCUGAGCAGGAGAUCGAGCAGCUGAAGGAGCACCUGCGGCUUGCCAUGGCCGCCCUGCAGGAGAAGGAAGCCAUGUCCAAUAGCCUGGCGGAGUAGAGAUGGGCGCUACGGACGCCACAAAGCCUGCACCCACCCACACCCAUCUCCCAAGUGGCUUCUGGUGCUGUGUGUCUUUGCACUGGGAGAAACAGCCCAGGCAGCCUGCAGGGAAGGACCUGGUCACCCCCAUUGCUGGGCGGCCUCCCCAGCCCUCAGCAUCCACCCUCGUCUCCCAGGUCCUCCUGGCCCAGCCAGCUGCACACCCUAACCCAAGGGGACCAGCGGCCUCCUUCCCUGAUGGAGGGAAGUCAGACGCCAAGCCUCCCCCCUCCUAUGGGCCAAGGGUGUGUACGCACCUGCAACACACACACAGGUAUACACAAGCACACACAUAUGCACACACACACCAGCACGCACACACACAAACACCGGCGUAUCUGAGCAUGCCCCUCGCACUGGGUCUUACCUUGCACCUUCUUCAGGAUUUUAUAUGUGAAGAGAUUUUUAUAUAGAUUUUUUUUUCCUCCCAAACUCUUUAUACUUUUUGAAAAAGCAAAUCCUAGUGGCAUCCGGUUCUGCUGUGGCCCCUGCCUGGGCUUCUGGGCCGUGGCCCUGGUGAUGGAUGCUGCCCAGGAGAGUCAGAGCCAGCGCCCUCUUCCCACCCUACCUCCUACUAACGACUUCCUGCCUGGGGUGCACUCGCACUCUGGGGCUCUGGAUAGAGGGGCAGAGGAACAGAGGGAGCCAGCAGCCCCACAUCCCCCUGAGGGAUGCUGGGUGUAGAACCGUUGGUGUCACCCAUGAAGGCACCUCUCCUCCACAAACCUGUUUGUUUUUUUGUGGGGGGAGGGUAUCGGGAAUUGAACUCAGGACCUGACGCUUGCCAGGCAGGUGCUGUGCCACUGAGCUAAAUUCCCAGCCCCAUUCCACAAACCUUCUUAACUUAAUAAAAUGUUCCUGCAGCUCUGA